AUGACUGGAGAAGCUGGGUUUGGCAGCAUUUUCAGAAACUGGGAAUCUCUGAUGAAACGGCACCAAGGAGCUCAGAAACUUGAGGACGCCAAGUGCCGUGUUAGGAACCCAUUGAAUAUUCUUGUGGUCGCCGCGAGACAGUGGCCGCUCAGCCAUUCAACUACGCACACGGCACACGCGCACGAGAGGGAGGGAGCAGCCAUGGCCGCCUUGUACUUCCACUCGGCCGCCGGGAAGGCGAGCCUGGAGGCCGUGGCCUCGUCCUCGCCGUCACUGGCCCUGCGGCCAUCACAGAGCAAGACGCUGUGCAUCGGCAGCAGCCGGUGGUGGAUGAGGAGGAGAUGGGAGGGGAAGGCGGGCGGCAUCAGCAGCAGCAGCAGGGCGAGAGCGAGAGCAAGGGCUGUGGCGAGGCCCGCCUUGUUCUCUCCCGUCGCCAUGGAGUGGCAGGAGUGCGUCACUGAACUUGAAGUUGAUGUUCCAUGUUCCGUUGCCUAUCAGUGUUACUCAGAACGUGAGAGCAUUCCUCAGUGGAUGCCAUUCAUCUCAUCUGUCAAGGUCCUUGAAGAUAAACCAGAUCUUUCACGCUGGAGUCUGAAGUACGAGGUAUUUGGUCGGAAUGUAGAAUUCUCUUGGCUUGCUCGAAAUAUGACGCCUACUAAAAACCAAAAGAUCCAUUGGCGAUCUCUUGAAGGCCUUCCUAACAGAGGCGCUGUUCGCUUCUUCCCUAAAACCCCAUCGUCUUGUAGAGUACAACUAACUGUGGCGUAUGAGAUUCCUGAAAUUUUGGCUCCGGUUGGAUCAGCACUGAAACCAUUCAUGGAAGGCUUACUUCUUAAAGGUCUAGAACGCUUCGCGGCAUUUGCGAAGGAGCGUAACAGCAAGAUCCCUCAGCCUUGACGAUUGUUCCUCCAAUGCAAGAACUCAAGAAUUUGAUCUGUUUCAUUUCCAUUGAAGCAUGAUGAUCACAACAGAUGAAGGUUGCAUAUUGUCACUGCAGAUGUGGGGAAAAUAAUGUACCUGACAGAGGAAUAAAGAGUGAAUAUUAUGGCUAGUAUGAAGCUUCGGCUCUUAUUGAUCAUGAUUA